AUGUCACAUCUCGCCGCGCUACGCUCCAAUUUUCCCCACCCCUCCCACAGCCUUACCUCGCUUCCGCGAGCCGCGGCCGUUCCUAGCACCCUUCUCUUCCCACUCCCUCCUCCGCCCCGCGGCGUGCGUUAUAUCGCGUACGACGACAAGGGCUUCACGGUGGGCGGCAGAGACCUGGACUCCUCCAUCCUCUGUGUGGGUGACGUGGCGCUCUGCUGGUCGCCCUCCUGCCUCGCUGACGUCACCCCCGACAGGUCUGCCUUCCUUUCUGCGUCCUCCUCCAUCCUCUCGCGUCGCGCCACUUGCCUCUCUCUUCCUCGCAUGCCCUUACCGCCUCCGUCCUCCUCUUUCUCUACCAGCCUGCCACAAUGUGUUUUGGCCCUCCUCACCCCCUCGCUUCACUCGUCUCUAUCCGUCCCUUCCUGCCCUGCCACCACCUCGUUCUCACCUCGUUCUCACCUCGUUCUCACCUCGUUCUCACCUCGUUCUCACCUCGUUCUCACCUCUUUCUCACCUCUUUCUCACCUCGUUCUCACCUCUUUCUCACCUCUUUCUCACCUCUUUCUCACCUCGUUCUCACCUCUUUCUCACCUCUUUCUCACCUCUUUCUCACCUCGUUCUCACCUCUUUCUCACCUCUUUCUCACCUCUUUCUCACCUCUUCUCACCUCUUUCUCACCUCUUUCUCACCUCUUUCUCACCUCUUUCUCAUACGCCAAACAAUCGGCGUGGUCUCCGCUUAAGCCUUCCGUCCAUUCUCCCCAUUUUCCUGUGGCUUAUCUGUGAGUUCCACCAGUUCUUCCCAAUUUCCCUCCCAGGCUUGCAGUUUCGCCUUUACCUGCCACCCUCUCUCCCAUACUUUCUCCUUACCUCCACCUCACUCCCUGCCCCUCUCUACCCCCUCUUCAUCCCCUCCACUCCCCUCCCUUCUUUUUGUCCCCCUUGUCACCCCUGCCUGUCCCUUCCACACAGCCUGGCUCUCUUUCAGCUCAUUCGCCAGCAGCCAGGUAUGCUCUUUUGA